UUUCUGUCGUAAGCAGUGGUUACAGACCCAUUGCGCUUACCAGAGUUGCGUGAAAGCCACUUGAAGAUGUGUCAUUUCGGCUGCGAAUUCUGCCGAGGCAAGAAAUAAUGAAAGUUGCGUUAGUCACCGUCGCACUUGUACUCGUCGUGAUUAUAGUCACAGAAGUGGACCUCGCGAAAGCAAGAAGUACAGCAGGCAGGCUUGCCGCAAAAGCCCGACCAGUGCCGCGGAAUCCAAAAGGACCUAAACACCCCAUCCAUAAGCCUGGGUCUCGCGUAACUGGUAAUCGACGCAAACCCGGCCGAGGAGGUAGCAAACCUGGUAAGAAGAAACCGGGAAAUACUGGGAAAGGGCCCCGGAACAAAGGGCCUAAGCCAAAACAAGUGUCUGGUUCACAUAGUUCAGUAGGUGGACAUGCACACGACCCCAGUGUGCCGGAAGGACAUGGAGGAUAUGGCGGAUAUGGAGGAUAUGAUGGCAUGGGUGGUGGAUACGGAAUGAUGGAUCCGAUGAUGGGAGGAAUGGGAGCCAUGGGUGCAUCGAUGGUAAUACAGCAAGUGGGAAGCACGUUAAGUGAAACGGCGACCAGCAUAACGAACACAGUUGUGAAUAGCCAACGUGCAAGUACGAACUCCGGCACGGAGGAUACUGGCGGAGGAAGCGGAUCAGAUACAGAUGACGCAGAAAACACCGAUGAUGGUGAGAAGGAUUCCAAGGACGGGAAGCUUAAAAAGGAAAAGAAACAAAACUAAUGAGACACAGGCAUCAUGACCAAGCUGCCACUUCAUCUUCUGCUGUAGAAGGCCGACACUGAAAGGGCAUGCAUUUGUCGUGACUCAGUUCAAUAUAGCAACAAGCAAAAGUUCUUGCCAACUGUAAAGAUAUUUUUGCGUUUUACACUCUCUUUACGAAUCCCACUUUUAAUGGCACCUGAUUUAUUCCAGUUUCUUUUCUGCUGUGAGCAGUUUAAUAAUUCUGUAUGCUCAAUAUAUUCUAGUAUUUAAGUUUAUUCACCAAAAUCCUGGUUCUAAUAAAAAAAAUGUUGCAAGUAUUGCAACAA